CGGGACAGACAUCUCGUGCCAAUUACGAGCAAGUUUUGGUGUUCCUGGCCCAACUCCUAGACGAUCUGCCUCUGGAGAACGUUUCACGCUAUGACGAGCGAUCCGCACCAGCAGCGCUCCCUCGUACGUUGGCAGCCUGGCAUUACAGUUACUGUGGUCCACAACUCCAUGUGCACGGAGCUGGACGGCGAUAACAUCUACCUCCCUUCGUUGGGCGACUAUUUGGUCAUCGAUGUGACCGAUAUCACUCUGCGGGAUCCGAUCAUCCGAAAAGUGGAGGUGGCCCAGGUGGGGGCAGAGGAAGAGGAAGACGAAGAGGAGGAAGAGAGGGAAGACGCGAACGAAGAAGAAGACUCGGAGGUAAGAUCGGACGACCCAGAUUAUCCCGAAUCUGAGGAAACCGGGUCGGAAGAGAGUGGAUCGGACGAAUCAGGCAGUUCCGGCGGACGGAGUGAGGAGGAACAUGAAGCAGCGACGCAAAGGCGACGGGAGAAGGAAGAAGGGAAGCGCCCAGUGCAGGAUUCAGACGAGCCAGACGCGCGGCUGAUGCACGACGAUCCAUCGCACAACCCGGGGCCACCGCAAGAGGAGUUUUGAGAGAUGGCGUCGCCACCGCCGAGGGAUCUAGAAGCAGCCGCCGCAGAAGAAGUCCAACACCGGCUAUUCAAGCAAAAGUAUU